AAAUGACCAAUUAAUGUGGCCUCAAUCUGAAUUCGAUGUACAAUUUCUUUUGUUAAGGAUAUUAUUGUAGACGCGACAUUUAUAAUAUAGAAGAUGUAUACAGACAAAAAAUACAAAGUGUGGGAGUUUUUUUUAAAUAUUGCAUUAACACCUGAUGGAAAAGUGUGUGUCUAAUGCAAAAUGGUGUAAACAUGAAAUUCCUCAUUCCCGCCAAUUACCGAAAUAGAUGCACGCAUACAGAGAUGUACCGAAAGAUUUUAUCUCAUGGCUUGAGAUUUUGCACGAAAUGGACUUUUCGUCUAGGUGAUCAUUUUCAUUCUCUGGUGUAUUUCCUCAGUGACGAAACACAGUCAGUGAGAUAUUUUUGGUGCGAGAAGUCACAGUGAUUUUCAUCUCAUUUUCCUCAAUGAAUUUUUCGAAUAACCAAAUUGUGAAGAUCAUUGAGGAUCGGUGGAUUUCUCAGUGAACAAUUGCUGUAUUUAUUUGGAUGUGCUUUUGUUGAUAAAUACCGUACGAGGUGAAUUAUCUGUGGGUGACGUCGUGAAGGAAUUCCAUUGUCACCAGCGUCGCCAGUCAGUUGAUCUUGCGAUCUUUAGAGACGGCAUCGGCUUAAUUGAGCGAAAACCACCGAAUGCCGAUCAGCAUUGAAGUUGAAUUAACGCCGGUCAAUCCAAACCAUGUAUACCAAUCUGGCCAACUUUUGGCGGGAAAUGUACGAUUGAUUGUGGAGCGCCCCAAAAGAUUACGCGCCAUAUGUGUUUAUAUAACGGGCAGUGGUCGUGUGAGUUGGACUUCUUAUACUACAAUAGCUGAUAAGAUUGAGACUGUUGAACAUUCCGGCAAUGAGGAGUACAUUAAUUGCCGCACAUGUGCUUACAAUGCAGCUACUGGGUCAUUCUUUGAACUACCGGCUGGUGUUAAUGUCUACUCCUUUAAGUACACUCUUCCCAUGUGGCUACCAUCGUCCUUUGAAGGUACUCAUGGAUAUAUCCGAUAUGCAGUGGACGUUGUUCUCGAAAGACCAUGGAAAUUUGAUACGACGUUCAAGAAGCCUUUCCCAGUGUGUCGCACUCUUGACCUCAAUCGGGAUAUCUCUCUUAAAUUGCCCGCUCAAAUGGACUACAGAAAGCAAUUUAUAUUGUCCAGCACAUCGCGUGGUAUCCUCGCAAUUACAGUAAAUGUUCUCAAGACUGGAUAUGUUUCUGGUGGUUUCAUUCCUAUUGAGGCCAUUGUGGCCAAUAAUUGUGGCUACAGCAUUAACCAAAUUGUCUUUUCAAUAAGAAAAAUUGUCACAUAUAAGUGCACAUAUCCCUCAAAGGCUGAUAAGGACGAAGUAACGACGAUCCGAGAGAAGCUUGUAGACUGCCUAAUUGAAAAUGACCAGAGUUCCUUCAUGGAACGUCUUGAGAUCCCUGAAACACCCCCAACAACCCUCCAUUUCUGCAAUGUUCUCAACAUCACCUAUGAAGCAAGAGUGGUGGCGGUUAUCCCUGGCAUAACAGUCAAUCCUAGUGUGGCAAUUCCUAUUGUAAUCGGAACGGUGCCAUUUGCCAGCAACCAAUCUCCUUCAAGUCCUUCACAAUCAAUGCAGUACCAUGAGGAGGAAUUUACGUCUGAGAUCGAUGAUCCUCCCCCGCCGUCCUAUGAAUCCGUUUAUGGGAGUUCUUCACACUAAACCCACUAAACUUAAAUUGCAAAACAAUGAACUACAUCACUUAUUUGCUGUGAAAGAUAUCACUUUAUUUAUCAUUAAAUGUACACAAUAAU